AUGACGAUACAGGAUCAUCUGCAGUCUUUCCUGUCCGCAGCGUCCAGCUCGCAACGCACGCUCGAUGUCGACCAGCAGCUCAUAGGCUCGCUUCAAGCCGAGCUCGAUUCGCUGACUUCGUCCACUAGUCAGCUGUCACUCCCCAACGGCUCAGCAAUCAACGUCAGCGAUCUGAACGACGUGUGGUCCCAAUUUCGGCGCUUCGUCUCCCACAACAGCUCUGUCGAGCACGCUGGUCAGGAUGCGAUCGACCUGUACGCACAUGAAAUGGAGAGCUCCGCAGCGGAUCAGCCCACUGGCAUCGAUCGUCAUGCUUCACACAGCUCAUCUGCUGCCAUAACAGAGCUCUUCGACCAUCUUGAUCACCUCAGUGCUGUCGAUUCGCAGCUCGCGGAGAGCGUGCGCCAAAGUGCUCUGGCCGCUCUGUCCUCAACAAGAUCGGGCGACGAGAUCUCCGCCGAACUGGCAGAGAUCAUCGGAUUCGAACAUCUCGACUUGGUCGGAAACAUCGUCAGCGAUCGUCAAGCUGUACGUGCAGCUCUGCAGGACGAUCUUCAUCCAUUGCUUCAAGCAAAUGGGCAGUCCAACCUCUCGAAUCAGGACCAAGUCGAGAUUCAUCUCCCGCACCAUCAAGCUCACCACGGCACUUCCCACGAUGCCUUCCAUCGCGGCAACAGGCCCCACAUUCCCGGCUCGCAAGUCGUCGUACAGACCCAGGAGGAGCGUCAACAAGCGCGAAGGUUCAAGAACGAUCUCCGCAAAGCCAAUCGCCAACGCGCUGUUGACCCAGGCGACAGCAUCCGUACCUACACUCCCGAGGAGCUCGAGCGCAUCCGCGAAGAGAGCCUUGCUGCCGCUGCGAAUCGUCCUCUAUUCACUGGUACAGCGACGGGCUCCGAAGAGGUACGCUAUCCGCACGUCUUUUCAUCGGGAGCACAAGGCAAUGUACUCUCCGUGUUUGGACAGCGUUUCGCCCUUCCACUCGGCACAAGUCGUGAAGAGAAGCAAUUCUACGAAGAGGUGACCAUCCCACCACCGCGGACAGUACCUAUGCGCACCAACGAACGCUAUGUUCCCAUCCCGGAGAUGGAUCCAAUCUGCCGUGGCGCAUUCCCUGGAUACAAGAGCCUCAAUCGACUUCAGAGCGCAGUCUACCCGCUUGCCUACAAAACCAACGAAAACCUGCUCGUAUGUGCGCCGACGGGUGCAGGUAAGACCGACGUUGCCAUGCUCACCGUCAUGCGAGCCAUCAGUCAGUACGCUCGAAACCUCGAGCCCACCGCCGGAAACGCUGCACAGGGCUUCGACAUUCAGAAAAACGAUUUCAAGAUCAUCUACGUCGCACCCAUGAAGGCGCUCGCCGCUGAAAUCGUUCGCAAGUUCAGCAAGCGUCUCCAAUACCUCGGUAUCAAGGUGCGCGAACUCACCGGUGACAUGCAGAUGACGCGCCAAGAGAUUGCCGAGACGCAGAUGAUCGUCACCACGCCAGAAAAGUGGGACGUAGUGACGCGCAAGCCCACCGGUGAAGGCGAGCUCGCCACCAAGGUGAGACUGCUCAUCAUCGACGAGGUGCAUCUGCUUCACGACCAACGUGGUUCCGUCAUCGAGACCAUCGUCGCUCGUACACUGCGCCUCGUCGAGUCCAGCCAGUCGCUCAUCCGCAUCGUAGGACUCUCAGCCACCUUGCCAAACUACGUCGAUGUCGCCGACUUCCUGCGUGUGAACCGCUGGCAGGGACUCUUCUACUUUGACUCGUCCUUCCGACCCGUUCCGCUCGAACAGCACUUCCUCGGUGUCAAAGGAAAGGCGGGCUCGCAACAGGCCCGAGCUAAUCUCGACAAGACCUGCUUCGAAAAGGUGUCGGAGCUCGUCCAGGCGGGCCAUCAGGUCAUGGUCUUCGUGCAUGCGCGCAAAGAGACUGUCAAGACCUCGCAGACGCUUCGAGAAAUGUUCCGCGAAGAGGCCAUGGGCGACAUCCUGCAAGCCUCGUCAGACGAGAACCCGCGCAAGGCUUUCUUCAAGAAGGAGCUCCAAUCCAGUCGCAACCGCGAGAUGAAGGAGCUCUUCGAUUCGGGCUUCGGCAUCCACCACGCUGGUAUGCUGCGUAGCGAUCGUACACUCAGCGAGCGCAUGUUCGAAGCCGGCGUCACUCGUGUACUCUGCUGUACGGCCACGCUCGCAUGGGGUGUCAACCUGCCCGCCUACGCCGUCGUGAUCAAGGGCACAGACGUCUAUGACUCGUCUGCGGGCAAGUUCAUCGACUUGUCCAUUCUUGAUGUCUUGCAGAUCUUCGGUCGUGCCGGUCGUCCGCAGUACGAGGAUCUCGGUGUCGGAUACAUCCUGACCUCUCAAGACCGCCUUUCGCACUACGUUGACGCCAUCACUUCGCAGCACCCCAUCGAGUCGAAAUUCAUCGGCGGAAUGAUCGACUCGCUCAAUGCCGAGGUCUCGCUCGGCACCGUUGCCAGCGUCCGUGACGGUGUGUCAUGGCUGGGUUACACGUAUCUAUUUACACGCAUGAAGCGAACUCCGCUGACGUACGGUAUGACGUACGACGAGGUGGCCGACGAUCCCCAUCUGGGAGCCAAGCGCCAGCAACUUGUCAACGUCGGGGUAAAGAAGCUUGUCGAGACCAAGAUGGUCGAGCACGAUCCCGUCACGGAUCGUCUGCAGGUGACCGAUCUCGGCCGCAUAGCUGCCAAGUACUACAUUGGCUACCGCACCAUCGAGACGUUCAAUGAGCGCAUGCGAAGCAACAUGAGCGAAGCCGACGUGCUCGGUCUGCUCAGCCAGGCUGCUGACUUUGAGCAAAUUGUGCCACGCGAUGCGGAGGAGAAGGAGCUGAAGAAGAUGCUCGAGGCUGCGCCUUGCGAAGUAUCCGGAGGCAUCGAAACAUCGCCCGGCAAAGUCAACAUUCUUCUGCAGGCCUACGUCUCUAGAACCUUCAUCGAGGACUUUGCGCUCGUCUCGGACUCGGCUUAUGUUGCUCAGAAUGCCGGACGAAUCAUCCGCUCUCUGCUCGAGAUUGCUCUGAGCCGCCGAUGGGCUCGCACUGCCUCCGCUCUCAUCUCGAUGAGCAAGGCCAUCGAGAAGCGCAUGUGGCCCUUUGACCAUCCGCUACAGCAAUCCCAUCUGAACCCGGACACUCUCUACGCAGUCACGGAGCGCGCGGACGAUGUCGAGAUAGAAGAGAUGGCCGAAAUGUCGGCCGCGGACAUUGCCAAGCUCAUACGCGUCAAUGCCAGGAUGGGCAGCGCCGUGAAGCAGGCAGCUCGCAGCUUUCCUCGUCUGGCGACGACAGCAUCGCUGCGACCGCUCAGCCACGAUCUGCUGCGCAUCGAUGUGCGAGUUGAUCGCACCUUCGACUGGAGCGAGCGCGACCUCGGACGCCUGCACGGCUUCUAUAUCUGGAUCGAGGACGAGGCAGGCUCAGAGAUCCUUCAGUGGCUCACGCAUCUCACACGUGUCACCGAUUCGCACCUGUCCACAGUCACCUUUACGAUCCCUCUGUCCGACACGCUGCCCUCCGGCUUGAACAUGAGGUGGAUGUCAGACUCGUGGCUGGGCAGCGAGGGGAACGAGUGGAUUCCGUUCGACGACCUCGUCGUUCCCGACAAGCCCCCAACGCACGACUCUCUCCUCGACCUACCGCUGCUACCGGUGCGCUCGGCGCUCCCGGACGAGCUGCUUUGCGAGAUGUACGCACAAAAAUUCAGCGCUUUCAAUGCGCUGCAAACGCAGAGCUUCCACACCUUGAUGCACACAUCGGCCAACACGCUUCUGUGCGGACCGACCGCCUCUGGCAAAUCGACCGUUGCAGCAAUGGCCGUUUGGCGAGCGUUGCAGCAAGGUGACAAGAGAUGCAUCAUUGUCGUGCACAGCAGGCGCGACACAUUGGCGUCUGCUCUGAAGAGCACGCUGGCUGUGGCGCUCAAGCAGAAGGGUGUCGAGGUGAAAAGGACUUCCUUGUCGAAAGAAGUGCUGCCCUUUGUGCGCAACGAUGGGCUCGGGACACGUGUGCUGAUCACAACGUCCAUUUCGCUCUUGCGCGCUCUGGAGGUGGGAGAGGAUCUUGUGGGUUCCGUCUCGCUGUUGAUGGCCGAGGAUCUGCAUCUGCUGGAUGCAGGGUAUGAACUGAUGCUGGCAAAGUUCAUGUGGUGCUGUGCACGCCAGCGCGCCAACGGCAGUGCAGUCUCGAUUGUAACGCCACGCAUCGUCGCUACCAGCGCCAGUCUGAACGACGCCAGCUCUCUGGCACAGUGGAUUGGAGCAGACGAAUUGUCGACCUACAAUUUCCACCCCAAGGACCGUCCGUCGAUCCUCAACACCAGCUUCCAGGCCUUUGACCUGCCGCACUCGAGCGGACUACUCAAGGCCAUGGUCAAGCCGGCUUUCGACAAGAUGAAGGAGAACCGAGACAAAGGUCCCGCCAUCGUGGUCGUCCCAUCAAUGUGGCAAUGCUUCACAGCUGCUUCGGACCUCAUCACCAAAGCCGCCGCCGAAAUGGACACGGAAGGCUUCCUCGGUCUGCCCUCGGAGGAGAUCGAAUCGAUCCUUCCGCACAUCCUCGACACUUCGCUGCACGAGGCGCUGGUUCACGGCAUCGGAAUCGUGCACGAACGGACGGUGCCUCAGGAUCGAACGGUCAUCGAGCAUCUUUACGAACAAGGUCUGCUGAAAGUGGUUAUCAUCACUCGAGAAUGCCUUUGGAGCACGACGUUGCGAGCCGCACUCGUGGUGGUCAUGAGCACACAAUACGUGCGAAUAACCAAAGCGCACAGUACGGGAGCCUCGGAUCGCGAGCUGGUCGACUACAGCCUCGCUGAACUAGGUCGAGCGCAGAGUCUGGCUGUGCGACCGGGAACGCUGUCAGAUCCCAAUCCAGCGGGCGAGUGUUUGGUGCUCUGUCAGACGGAUAAGGCCCGGAUGCUGGAAAAGAUGCUGCAGACGGGCAUGCCUCUGCACUCGUCUUUGCUUCAGGACGAGCAUCGUGGAGCACCCCUUUUGCCCACUGUGCUGAGCGAGAUCGUCACCGGUGUCGUUACGAAGGACGAGCAUGUGCUCGACGUGCUCAGUUGGACGGUGUUGCCAGCUGAGCUGAUGCGCAAUCCGACGUACUACGACUGCGCAUCGAACGACCCGGAAUCUGUCGCGGCACGACUUACUCAGAUCGGAAGCGAUCUAGUACAGACGCUGGUUGACUUGAAGCUGGUGGAGAGGCGGAAAGGGGCUAAGGAUGGCGAUGCGAGCCUCGAGUGCACGGAUCUCGGCAAAGCUCUUCAUUUGCAGCCCGGAUCGACGCUGCUGCAUGUUGUGCGAUGUUUCACGAACCUUUCGAGCAAACCACUGCGGGCUGCGAAGGAGGUGGAUACCUUCGCGCCGAGUCCUCGGGACCGCAAGGACAAGGAGAAAGUGGAGGAUGUAGCGGAGAGGGAGGUCAUCGAGGCGACACUAAGUCAGCUUCCUCUGGAGUGGAGGAGCGCGUUCCGUCUCUCAGCGACCAAAGUUCACGAGGAAGAGAAGCCGAACGGAAAAGCAGAGGCGGAGGGAGAGGCAGACGGAAGCGAGCAGACAGAGCAAAGCGAGAACAGAGACAUCACGUACGGUUUCAAGCAUCGCCUGUUGCUCUGUUUGUAUUUCGCCAAGCUCGAGCUGAUCACGCCGGCCACCGCGAAAGUGCUAGGGAUGAGCAGGAGAGCCAGGAAACGGCUUGAAAAGGAAGAGUCAGAGCUGGACGAUCAGGGCACGGGAGAGACGAAGUUCGAGCCGGCGAAGGAUGGAUCGUCGCAUGACAAGGCAGUGGAGAAGCUGGAACGGGAGCAGGCUUCGGAAGUGCUGGCUCUAUUGAGUUCGAUCAGCAGUGUUGGUGGUAGGAACUGA